AUGCCUCCUGGAAUUGUCGGUGUUGUUAAUCUUUUGGAGGUGCUUGAUGGCCGCGCUCAAACCAGGGGAGUUGGUGCCGUGCUCCAACCUCAAGAAUGCCAGUAUGGCGCCCUUGACGUGCUUCCUAAGCUCCAGCACUCGAUCCCGGUACUCUGCCGAAUUUUGGCCGAGCACGAAGACGUCUUCAAGAAACAGCUUCGCGAACACAACCAGUAA